CCGUGGUCCGGCCUGGUGACUCGGUGCCCGUGGUCCGGCCUGGUGACUCGGUGCCCGUGGUCCGGCCUGGUGACUCGGUGCCCGUGGUCCGGCCUGGUGACUCGGUGCCCGGUCCGGCCUGGUGACUCGGUGCCCGUGGUCCGGCCUGAUAACUCGGUGCCCGCUGUUGUGCCAGAUGACUCGGUGCCCGCUGUCGAGCUGCCAGAUGACUCGUGCCCGCUGUCGAGCUUGGUGACUCGGUGCCCGCUGUCGUGCCAGUUGACCCGGUGCCCGUUGUCGUGCCAGUUGACCCGGUGCCCGCUGUCGUGCCAG